CCUUCUCCUACCCCUUCUGAGCCUAGACCCCGCCAAACAAGUCCCCCUGCCCUGGGGCAGGGGCUAGACUGUCUCCAGUCUCUCUUGGAGGGUAAGGCGGGGUAGGAGGUGAUGCAGAGUCAGCAGCUGGGGGAUUGGGGCCACACCAGUCCGAUUAGAAGGGCUGGGGGCUGAGCUGGAUACACCUGUCCUUGUCUCUGAUUGGCUCUUGGGAACCCCCAGCCCCUAAAUCCCACUAAGCAGCCCCACCAGGGUGUGCGCAGAGCCAGUUGGUUGCCAGCCCUGGGGCCAGAAGCGUGUCAGGCAGACUAGAUGCUGGCCUGAGCCUGGCUCUGGGGACCCCGUCCACCCAGGAGAGCCAGCUGACCACCAGCUCCUUCCCCGGCUGCUAGCACCAUGGGGGCUGGGGCCAGUGCUGAGGAGAAGCACUCAAGAGAGCUGGAAAAGAAGCUGCGAGAAGAUGCUGAGAAAGACGCCCGAACGGUGAAACUGCUGCUUCUGGGUAGGGCGGGCUGGUAGGCACCUCCACGGGCCAGAAGCCAGGGUGACCUGGGACACAAAAUGAGCCUGUGACAGGCAGGGAAUAGAGUGGGAGCCCUGGCAGGCCAGGCCAAGCCCGGCAGCAGUGCCUGGGCUCCCCAAGGCCGGGUGUUCCACGGAGCUCCCAGAAGCCCCCCCUCCGGAGAAGUGUGUGCCCACCACACUUUGUACAGGUGUGAGUGCAGGGCACACUGUCUGGGCUCCCUCAAGCCCAGGCCUUUGGCUUGGUGGGCCUGCUAGGCAGGGAACCCCACAAUAGGGCUGCUCCCUGGGAAGGAGAAGCCACGGUCCUCCUGGGAGUGCGCAGCCACUACUACCCCUGAUCUUUGACAACAGCCCUCAGGUCCCAGGGCUUUGUUGAUGACAGGUCUGCAAACCAGCUACAGGGGGUGCGGGGGUAGAAGAGCCAGCAGGGAGUCAUGCCACAUCCAUGUCCCAUGGGCAGUGGCAGGAACCGGGCCGAGCCCUGGACGCACUGCCUCCCCUCAAGGGGAAGAAGGCUCUCCGGGGUCCAGUCGGGCAGCUGAAUGUGGGCAAAGGGACCAAGCCAGAGAACCCCCAGAAGACAGAAGACAGAGGUUAAGCCAGACAUCCCAUUAACUGUGCCCAAGGCCCUCUUGCAAACAGGCUGAGAGGGGCGUCAGCUCUAUCCUCUCUCCUACCCAGAGGCGCUCAUUCCCUCUGAGCUGCUUGGAGACGUUCCCCUUGCAACGCAGGUGAAACGCAGGGGUUGACCCGGCGCGAACGCCUGCUGCGUGCGCUACCGGAACUCCCACAAGGUGGCGCCCCAGAUAGUCUUUAUUUUGGUCUCCGCCUAUGCAGCCGACGCUCUGGCGGGAGGCGCCCCCGCGCCGCGGGGGUCGCUGACUGCCCCGCCGGCCCUUUUCUGUCACUCCCGCCAGAGCGUCCGGGCCUUACUUUGGAAGCGGGGUGAAUGGAAGGAUGGGACCCGGGUGUGGGCUGGUGCCCGGGCGGCCCCGGCGGCCUUGCGGGCCGGCCGCGCGGGGGCAGGUGCGGGGACGGGGCACGCGCGGGGCGGGCGGCGCCGCUCUGAGGGGGCUUCCUUCCAGGCGCCGGCGAGUCCGGGAAGAGCACCAUUGUCAAGCAGAUGAAGUGAGUGCCCCCGCCGCCCGGGGCCCCCGGGGGUGGGCAGCGCGCGCGCGGCCCCGUCCUUGCCCACCUGCCCGCGAGGCGCUCACCCCGCUCGCCCGGCCGCAGGAUCAUCCACCAGGACGGGUACUCGCUGGAAGAGUGCCUGGAGUUCAUCGCCAUCAUCUACGGCAACACGCUGCAGUCCAUCCUGGCCAUCGUGCGCGCCAUGACCACUCUCAACAUCCAGUACGGGGACUCGGCGCGCCAGGUGCGCGGGGGGCCGGUGUGUUCGCGGCCGCGGGCCGGCCCUGCACGGCCGUGGCCAACCACCGCUCCCAACCCCCAGGACGACGCGCGGAAGCUGCUGCACAUGGCGGACACCAUCGAGGAGGGCACGAUGCCCAAGGAGAUGUCGGACAUCAUCCAGCGGCUGUGGACGGACUCGGGCAUCCAGGCCUGCUUCGACCGCGCCUCCGAGUACCAGCUCAACGACUCGGCCGGCUAGUGCGCGCGCGCGGGCGGCCGGGGCGCGGCGGGGGCGGGCGCGGCCCCCUGCCCCGCGCCCACACGCCGGCCUCCCGCAGCUACCUGUCGGACCUGGAGCGCCUGGUGACCCCCGGCUACGUGCCCACGGAGCAGGACGUGCUGCGCUCGCGCGUCAAGACCACCGGCAUCAUCGAGACGCAGUUCUCCUUCAAGGACCUCAACUUCCGGAUGUUCGACGUGGGCGGGCAGCGCUCCGAGCGCAAGAAGUGGAUCCACUGCUUCGAGGGCGUGACCUGCAUCAUCUUCAUCGCGGCGCUGAGCGCCUACGACAUGGUCCUCGUGGAGGAUGACGAAGUGAACCGCAUGCACGAGAGCCUGCACCUGUUCAACAGCAUCUGCAACCACCGCUACUUCGCCACCACGUCCAUAGUGCUCUUCCUGAACAAGAAGGACGUCUUCUUCGAGAAGAUUAAAAAGGCGCACCUCAGCAUCUGCUUUCCGGACUACGACGGGCCCAACACGUAUGAGGACGCGGGCAACUACAUCAAGGUGCAGUUCCUGGAGCUCAACAUGCGCCGCGACGUGAAGGAGAUCUACUCCCACAUGACGUGCGCCACCGACACGCAGAACGUCAAGUUUGUCUUCGACGCUGUCACCGACAUCAUCAUCAAGGAGAACCUCAAAGACUGCGGCCUCUUCUGAGGCGGCCGCCACACCCCUUGGUCUCAGUCCCCCGCGUGCUCCCCAGCACCCUCAGACCUCUCUGCGGCGCCCCUGCCCCCUCAUCCACCCCAGCUCCGCGUCUGCGCUGCUGGCCCUGCUCCCCGCCAGGCCCCUCCACAGCCCCUCCUCACCCAUUAAUUCUCUGGACCCCAACUCCCAGGCCUCACUGCUUCUAAGUCCACCUCCACAAUGUCUCUCAGCUGAAGCCCAGUUAUUCUGGGGCUCAGGGAUGUUGAUUCGGUUCCUUUUUCUAUUCACAGGCACCUGUGCUCAUGCGGGCCCCUGAGGGCCUGUAACCCUAGCCACCUUCUAUCCCAGCCCACAGAGCCCCAUCACCCCCAAGACCCCUGGGCCCCACCAGCCACAAAGCCCUGAGCCCUGCUCCCUUGAGGCCCUGGCCCUGCCCCAGCCUCAGCCCUGCGUGGCUGCGCUGGCCUCCAGGACCCACCACAGCCAGCCCCAGCCGGGAGCGGCAGGCCUUGGGGCAGCUGGGGCUCACAGUGACUCAGCAGGCCCCAGCUGGCUGGUUCCCAGCAGCUCUCCUGCCCCAGGGGGCCUGUCACUCACCCGGUGG